GCUCGGUUUGGAACCUACAGAGAGCUAAUGAACGGAGGAAAACAGAUAAUAGAGACGUUUAAAAAAGACUUUCAGGUCAAAUUAGGGAAGAGUGUGAACUUGGGUCAGACAUGUUUGCGACCACGACGAGUGACAUCCGGCGUGAGGCCCCUGAAAGCGACCUAAAGCCGCCCGCCACCGCAACAGCGGAAUACUGCGCAAAGUUGCAGCGCUGGAUGUGGCAGUAUUACUGGGGCUACGCCAACUGGCAGAGCUGGCUGACUCUGUCCGCCUUCCCGCCGCCGUGCAGCUUCCAUCCACCGGGGACGAGCGCUCAGACACCGGGUACACAUGCCGCAACCUCGGGCGGCGGACAGCCGGCUUUUGACGCCGGAAACUGGUACAGCUACCAGUAUCCCCUCAGUCUCCCAGCGACCCCGACCCCAGCUUCUGAUGCCCGGCCAGCCCAGCAGCAGAAUGGGAAUCCACCUCAGGCAGGGCGGGAGUACACCAUCCCCUCUCCUCUUCAGAGGUUCCUGGCUGAGACUGUGGACUUCUUCAUCCUGUUUUGUGUGAAGGCCACCAUCGUGCUGUGGAUCAUGCAUCUGAGUGGUAUGAAGGACAUUGCCAAAUUUAUUACCCACUUCAUCGUGGAGGAGAUCGAUGAGAACACGUCCAUGGAGGACCUGCAGAAGAUGAUGGCUGUAGCUCUGGUCUACAGGGUGCUAGUGUGCAUCUAUGAGACAAUCUGUAUUUGGGGUGCUGGUGGUGCUACACCGGGGAAAUUCCUGCUGGGCCUGCGGGUGGUGUCGUGCGACACAUCCACUCUGGUCCGACCCAACCGGGUCCUCGUAGUCCCAGCGUCGAAUGUUUCCCUCUCUGCCUCUACAGUGAGGGCACUGAAUAAGAACUUCUCCAUCGCCUUCCUCUUUCCCGUCUUCAUCACCCUCCUCUUCUUCCAGCACAACAGGACUGUGUACGACAUUGUGGCAGGGACCAUUGUAGUCCAGCGCCGAGGGGGCAGAUAGCCUCUCGUGCAGCUGCAGACUGUCGUACGCUUGGCGUGAUAAUGGCUGAGUGCUACAGGCCUGUGCGUGCUGGGUGUCUUGAAGAUUUGAACCAGUCAUUUCGCAUCUCCUCACUGGAUCAAACACAGACUCACACUGCACUUUAAAAUUGGAUACAUGCAGGUUUGGGCCCGGUACGUUGGAAUCGAAAGAAUCCAGCUUUACAUCUUUUGGUGUAAGUUUUUUUUACCUGCUGAAUCAACACACAAGCUGUCGGGAAAGCCUCUGAAGUAUUGUGACUUUUGUAUGUUGGCUGCUGUCCAGUGUUUCCGCAGACUUUUCCUCAUAUGAUGUGGAUCUGAAUUUGUUGGCUUUGUGAUAUGGUUUAUUUGUUUUUGCGACGUUUAAAGCCCCUGCGUGUAGAGUUUAAAAACUUGUAACUCUGGCGACCCCCAGUGGCCAUACCAGAAAAGACCUCAACAUGGCCACCAAAUUUCACAGUGAUUGUCUACUUUUUUCAUCAGAAUAAUUUUACACAUGCCAUAAUUGCAUGAGAGUUAUAAACAAAGGGCCUUUUACAGCAGGAUUAAACGUGAUUGGGCUCUAGAGUUUGCAGCAUUUUCUUAAAUGCAUUGUUCUUUUCUUCAAGGUAAUAAUGGUGAAUCAAAUUUUUGGUUUGCUAAUAGUUUAUUUUGUUCCGUUCUGAUUAUUUGUAAGAACUCAGACUGAGGAAGAAUAACAGCAGGCUUAUUUGUAUCCAUUCUCUGUGCCUAUGGAUAUUUUAAUGUGAUGUUUUGCUAUCUUUCGGCCAUGGUCAAAUGUAACAAUAACUUUUGCCUCCAGUGUGUGAGGUUCAAACACAGGAAAUGUUAAAUGUUUGUGAAUUCCCUGCUCAUUUUUUUUGUCUUUAGACUUGUAAUUCUCAGGGCAGUACCACUGAUUGUCUGAUUACUGAACACCACUGCUCAUGUCAGAUUAUUAGUUAUGCACAUUGUAAAACUCUUCUGGUAUUAAAAAUUAUAAAUGAUUAAUUCACAUACUAUAAUGCUGGUUCAGCAGUCUACUGUAGAGUUUGCACAGUAUGGCCACUUACACCGAUCAACCACAACAUUAAAAGCACCGACAGGAAACAUGGAUGUUGCUUUGAUAUACACCACCUACCUAAACACCCUCUAAUGGCAGCGGUAUUCCCUGCAGGAUAAUGCACCCUGCAACUUUCCCAAAAUUGCUCAGGAAUAGUUUGAGGAUCAUGACAAAGAGUUCCCCUGAUCUCAGUCCAAUCGAGUGUCUGUGGGAGGUGCUGGAACAGGUGGAGGCCCCACCUCACAGGGGAAUUUAAUGGAGCAGGAACCUACACAAUAAUAGGCAGGUGGUUUUAAUGUUGUAACUCGGUGUAUUUAAUUGAAUUUUGGAAUCAGAUGAAUUUUUUUGCGCUGUGCUAAGCAAGUACACUCAUGCUGAAUGCCAAACACACGCAGUCAAUCAGGAAGACGAAGAAGAAAAAGGAUAAAAAUUGACAAUGACUUAUUUAUCAACAAUAUUAUCAAAUAUCUCAUUGGCAGCGCUGAAAGGCAGCUCCUGAUUUGUCCACUCUGGUAUUAAAUUGAUGACCACUGGAUGUUGUGUACUUGUUGAGCCGUGCACAAUUUAUGCAAAAUCUUAAAGCUGCAGUCAGAUUUGAUUCAUGCUCUCAAAUAUCCAUGUCUUCACAUUUGAAAGAAAAACUAAUUCACAUAGUUUUCUAGCUGCCUUGUGCAUGAUAUUUGAAUUUACCAGUCAAUUUGCGACAAACCCUAAAUGAAAAGACUUGCUGCUGAUCGAGCAUUUAGAGCAUGACACUGAUUAAAUGCUGGGGAAGUGGC